CCUCUUUGUUCUUGCAACCGUUUCCGCUAGCACUAGAUGUUUGUAAGCUAGCUACGUUAGCUCUACCUUUUUUUUUUAAAGUGGUGCCUUAUGUGACUAGAUUGUCACCAAUCCUGGAAAUGUUAAUCUAAAGGUGUGUGUUUUUUGGCUUUCAUAACAGCAGGAAUACCAUUUGUAGCUUGAAAGGGUGCAACAAUGAACAUGGAACCAGUUGGGACCCCGGUCCCUGUCGCAGAGCCGCAGGGAAAAGAUGUGGGAUCAAGCCCAGAGAGGAUCAUGAGUGAAGCAGGAAACACAACAGAUAAGAAACCCCACAGCUCAGAUCCUUUAAAGGAAACUCCAGUACAAGACAAGGAGGAAGAUAAACCUGCUGGUUUGGAGCCCCCUGUGGACUGGUUUGAGCCCCUUGAGGAGGAUGACAAUGAUGAAGUUGAAAGCCUGGCAGGAGAAAGUGAAAUGAGUGUGAGCGGGGCGGGCAGCGAGAAGAAUCACCUGAAGGUUCAUAAGUUUCAGCAGCCCCGCCGUAAGCGAUCGAGUCCCGAGGAAGGAUGGGAUGUAUGGCCAAUACUUGGAGAUGGUUGGAAACGCAAAGAAGUUAUCCGGCGCUCAGGUUCUAGCAUUGGACAGAAGGAUGUGUAUUACAUAAGUCCGAAAGGUGACCGAGUGAGAAGCCGCGUCGAGCUGACGUCAGUGUUGGAGGGAGUCGACUUGUCAACCUUUGAAUACAAGUCAGGAAGGUUUAUCCCAGGCGGAGUCCCCCCCACGAGAGUCCGCAUCAGAGCGAAGAGGAAGAUCCCGGAGAGUUCAUCCUCAGAGUCCAGCUUUGUGGAGAGAGGGGAGGGGACCGACACCCCCGACUCUCUCCACAGACUCACCCCAAACCUGGGGCCCAAAACCGUCCCGUCCCAACCGACUGUUUGGUUGGCACAGAGCACAGUAGUAAUACCAACACAACAAUAUGAAUAUCCACCGGCGGAAAAGGAAAUUAAACUUCCCCUUCCUUCAUCAUCCAGAGCUCUCCCCCUCCCCUCUAUAAACGGAGAUAUCAGCUCAGAGGAAAACACACUGGUUUGUUCCAGGUGCGGUAUUUCCUUCACAGGCACGUGGUAUGAUAAGCAAAGGAAGAGACCCUUCUGUCCCACCUGCUGGGCCGCCUCGAAGACAAAAGUGCAUCCGAUGGUUCGAUUCAGGAAGUGGAUUCCAUGCGGGCAGUGUGUGGGAUGCCUCAACACGGUCAACUGUGGCCACUGUGCCAACUGCAAGAAUGGACUGCAGAGCCCAGAGUCGCGGAAACGCUUAUGCCGGGGACGCAAAUGUAUUUGUCCUAUUCGCAAGAGCCCUGGAAGUGGGGGCUUCGUGCCGCAGCAGCCGUACAACGAAAUUCCAGAUACGUUUGAAGACUGCUUGAGUUUUCAGAGUGAAGUCACGGACUCGCAGCACCUGAGUCUGAAGAGCAGCGACACAGAGAACUUCUCCAUCAACGUGGACAUCGAUGAUGACGAUGACAUGUCAACUGACGAUGAUGAUGAUUGGCAUAAGAAGCGGAAGCGGCGGUCCUGUGGAGAUUGUAAAGCCUGUCAGUGCAGGAUAGACUGCGGCACGUGUGAUUUCUGUGCCGACAAACCAAAGUUCGGAGGCAGCAACAAGAAGAGGCAGAAGUGUCGACUACGCCAGUGUCAGAGACAGGCGAUGAGACACUUGCUGCCGUACCAGAGGGGACAAAAAGACCCCGGGUCAGAAAACUUAUGGUUGCCGGGCAGACCUCGAACUUACAACACAUACAGCAGAAAGUCAGGUCUAAAGAAAGGCAAAGGACCAUCGGGCUUAGACUUCACUGACAACGAAGACGAAGACAGUAACUUGCAAGCAAUGAACUGGAACCCUGAGAUGACCAGUGCUGACAGUCUCUCCUAUGAACUGAAUGUGAGAAACCACCAAUCAUCUAUGCAGUCAAAUCAUUUGGACUUCGAGCUGAACGGACUCCCUGACAGAGUUCCUCACACCAGCAGCGACAACAACAACUCUGAACUGGACCAGCUGAGCAGGUUGGAUGCAGAGAAAUUACACGCUGACAGACAUGGUCCAAAAUGUGGUGAAGAAGAUGACGAUGAGGACGAUGAUUACUACGAGGAAGAGGAAGAAGAGGAAGAAGAUGAGUUGCCCAUAAUCACACAGAUCUUCAGUAUGGCCGACAGCCAGGUGAGCAGCGGUGUGGACAGUGAGAACCAGCUGAUGAAGCUGCUCCAGGCUCUGCGCUCCACCGUCAUGCCAAUCCUGUGGUACGCCAUCUUGGUGAACGGCCCUCAGCUGCAGAUCAUCCAGUGCUCCAAACAGUCCAACCUGACGGACGCCAUCGUGCUCAUCGACCCGGGCUUCUGCUAUCAGGUCACGGUCCAGAAGCAGCCGCUGCUCCCAACUCACCCGCUGUACGACAAAUACCCCGCGCAUCUCACCUCUGCGACCGAGGUGGUCAACCUGCUGCUGGGCCUGGAGGAGUACGUGGUGUGCCAGGGACUCCCCCCCAAAGACCCUCUAUUAAGGACAGGCCCUAUCAUACUGGAGCGAGCGUCAACCUGUGAUUUCUUGGUGAAGAAGAAGGUGAGCAUCUGUUCAAACUGCAGAGCGCUGCAAGGACUUUAACUGGAGCAGAGGGUCUUUGACAGGUCUCUGGUGCAACUUUGUGGUUUUUUGUUUACCGGCGUUGAUAAUAUAUAUGGUAUUUUUACAGAUUUACCUCCGGACUUUAACACGAUUAGUUGAUUUUGUUUUUUAAGAAUCACCAAAGGUAUUCCACAACAUUGUAAUCCAGGCACUUUUUUCCUCACGUCUUCCGUUUUGUUAGGAUUUGAACGGGUCGAGCUGAAAUCCAUUAGCUUGCCCUGUGGUUAGUCUGCUGUGAGUUGAUUCACACCCUUCCUUGAGGAACCAAUAACCCUACUCCAUCUCCAUUAAUACACUUUUGAUUAGUUAUUUAAGUCCUAAAUAUUGUCCCUCUCAGCCCAAAAAUAAAGAUGGAAUCCUUAGAAAUGCCCCCUCUUUUAUCUCUUCACCAGCAGUACUGACAACCGUGUCGACAACAUUGGUCACGUCUACCAGAUCUAAUGGAUUUACCCGGCAGCCUUCUGGACAAAACAAGUUAUGCUCUGGUUUUUAUUAUAUCUGGGCCAAUACAUCAGUUCCAGUUAUUUUCUUGAUUUGACUUUUAUUUUUAAAUAAAUGUUAUGAAGUCAUCAAAAGUUAAGAUACUGUUUUUCCUUCACUUCUGGCACUAACUUGAGGCUAACGGGGGGUUAGCCACAACAGAAAUAGUUUUACACGCAUAUGCCUCAAAAGACGAUGGUAGGAAUAUACGUUUGAUUGACAGAUCCGUUCAUGUAUUCACUUUUUUUGUACCUAUCUGUUUUUAAUGUAAUCAGAAAUCAACUUCAAAACACAUUUUAACUUGUUCCUGCAGUAUUGACUCUAACUUGAUGUGAACCUGUUAAAUGAUCUCCUUUACCAGAUACGCCUAAAAUAAUGGGAAAAAGAUGAUGAAAAUAUUGCGUUUUUCUACUCAAAUGUGUUUUUAUUGACAGAUCACAUAUGGAUUCACUCUUUCACCUAAUUUGUUUUCAAUAUAAUUGAAAAACAACAAAACAUAGCCAAAGGUGAACAGUGAAUUUACCAAAAAUAAUACAAAUAGAGAACACAUUUUGUGAAGUCCCUACUUCACCCCAAAUCAUUCCACUUUGUUUUAAAGAACCAGAUUAUAACAACCUACAACACUUGCAGCUUCAUGUUAGAGAGACAAAGAGGAACCACUACUAAUAAGAGAUCUGAGGUGGUGAUGCAAGGACACACGUGGGAGACUGAAGUCGAGAUAAUGAAAAAGGAAAGAUUAAAAACAGCCAUGUAAUGGUCCUGGGGUCCAGACAUCAAUUAUAGCUGACAAUUACUGCAGGACGGAAAAGUGUCCAAAUGACGGCGAGUUAGAUCUUCUAUUUAAAAACAACUACUUUUUAAACGCGGUGCAGUGAAGCUAUUCUGGUGUCAAAUUAAAAGCAGAUGAACCGUUUCAAACUAACGAGUGAAAAAAUAAUGUAUUCUUCUAUAACACUGCCUACUAAAUAUUUGUCCCCCAGGUAAUUUUUUUCUUACCGAUCUUUUCUACAUGCAACAUCAUUUUGGGCUGCAGCCAAACGUUAGCACUCAAUAAGCCAUUGUUUGUUUAUGUACAAUCCCUUUGGUAUGUACUUUUUUCUUUCCCACACUGAGACUUGUGUUGUAGCCCAAACUCCUGGAACAGAUGACGACUUUAUGUAUUUAUUAGGACGGUAGAUGGCGUGUUUAAUAACGUGUCCUUGCAUCAUGUCUAUUUAUGUCUUUGAAAUAUUUUCUCUUUGUUUAAAUUGUACAGUAAUUCAAUGUUGCUCCCAUUCCUCCUCUCCAUUGGGACGUUUAUGGAGUGACACGAUGACGUUCUCAAGGUGAAAGUUUAUGCAUUCUUAACAUAUAUCAGAUUUAUUUUUGGUAUCUCGGUUUCCUCAAGUAACUGUGUCGAUUUGGUAAUGUUUAACAUCAGUUGCUAUUCCUUUGAAAAGCUAUUGUUAUUGUUUCGCUUUGAAUUAAAACCUGUUCAGAGAAUUCAAACACA